UCCAAUGAUUUGAAUGGACAAUCAUCUUUAUUAACAAACGGAUAUCAUCAUCAUAACAGUGAACAACAACAACAACAACAACAAUCGAUUGAAACAUCAUUUAAUGAAACAGCAACUAAUCGAUGGAAUAAUUUUUUUCAUUCACAACAUCAUCAUCAUCCGCAUCAUCAACUUCCGGUUAUACAACAUUCUAAUUCAAAUAUAGCAGCAGCGGCUGCCGCUGCUGCUGCCGCUGCAGCUGCUGCUGUUGCAGCAAAAUCACAUUAUAAUGUCUCAACAUAUUGGUUAUAUUCAUUGCGAUCACCAUCAUCACCGAAUCGUAACAAUAACAACAACAAUAGCGAAAAUCGUUUAUCCAAUUCGAAUCCAAAGAUCAAUAAUCAAAAUAUAUUACCAUCGUUUCAUCAUUCAACAGAAAAUUCAACUACCACUCAACAACAAUCAAAAGAAUCACAACCAAAAGAAUCUGAAACAACAAACGAUCAGAAUAACGAUAAUAAUAACGAUAAUAAACAACAACAACAAAGACAACAUCAACGACAACAACAACAACAGCCGAAUGCUAUGUACUCAAGUAUCAUAUCAUUAUCAUCAUCACCACCGACAUCAACACCAACACCAACAUCGACAUCAAUAUCGUUGUCAACAACCAAUAACACAUCCCAAUCAGCAACCAAUACAAUCACCACUUCUUCUUCCACUUCCUCUGCUGCUGCUGCUGCUGCUGUAUCCACUUCCUCUUCAAUUGUUUCAACAUCAGCAUCAAUAAAUCGACAAUCGCCACAACAGCAACAACAGCUUUCAUCAUCAUCAUCAUCAUCAUCAACGGAACCACAAUCGAAUAGUUUAAGUAUAUCAUCGAUUGCAAUAUCAUCACAAUCAUCGUCAUCAUUGACGACAACAAACAAUGACGAACAACAACAACAACAGCAGGGAGCAUUAAUAUGGUCAUCGACAGAUUCGACGGAUGUUGUGGCCAAAAAUGUCCAACAACAAUACUCAUCAUCAUCGAUAAUACCUCAUCAUCAAACAACGGGACAACAACAACAACAACAUCAUCAUCAUCACCAAUCGAUUGGUCCAUCCACGGCAACGCAAUUUAUUACAUUAGCCGAUCAUUCUCAUCCGCAUCAUUAUCAUACUCAACAUCCAACACAUCAACAUACACACCCACUUUAUCAUCAUCAUCAGCAUCAUCAUUCUUUUGUCCAUCCUCAGCAACAACAACAACAUUUACAACAAACACAUGGCCAUCACCAGCAUCAACAACAGCAACAUCAUCAUAAUCCGCAUCAACAUCAACACCAGCAACAACAACAGCAGAAUCCUCAAUCAAUAACAUUAAUAAGCGAAACAAUUUCUUCAACACCAUCUUCAACGCCAUCUUCAUCAUCAUCACCAUUCAUAACAAUAUCCAGUGGUCAACUAGAUUCGAUUCAUGGAACAUUAUCCGGUGAUUCAUUAUUUGCCGGUACAUCAUCAUCAUUUAUAACACCACAAUCAUCAACAACACAUUCGUUGUAUGGAAAUUCUGGAACCGGACAAAGUUGUUCACAGCUUCAAACAAGCGAUUUGAUAAACACCAGUUUAGGCGGUAAUGUACUAACCAUUAAUGGUUCAUCAUCAACAUCAACAUCCGCAUCGUAUUUAACACCAUCAACUUUAACAUUAGCUACACCGGCAGCAAUUGUUGGUGAAGAUUUAUUCAUUAGUCGACCAUCACAACAAUCACAAUCAUCAACAACAUUCCAAUGUCCGACGGCUAGUUUUUCAACAUCAGCAGCCGCAAGUUUACAUAAAUAUCAUGCCGCACAAUGGCCUUAUUAUACGACAACAACUGCAUCCACUCCGACUAGUACGCCAUCUACAUUAGAAUAUUCAAACAUUCUUGUUCCAGGAACAUCACUGUUAACAACGGGAAAUAUAAUUUCAAUUAAACAAGAAUUAUGCGACACAGAAUCUACUAGUUAUGGUGGUUCGAAUAUUUCAUCAGCUACCGAUAUUAUAAAUGUCACUGCCAAUGAUCCAUUAUCGAAUUCACCAUCUUCAUUGGAAAGAAGUGGCGCUGGACACGGUGAAAGUGGAAGCAGUGGACGUGAAUCUCGAAGAAAUUCUAAUCAAAGUUAUAGUGGAUCAACAUCAACAACUAGCGGUGGACAACAACCACAAGAACGGCCAGCAACAUUAGCCGAAUAUAAUCAAUCAACAUCGAAAGGACAUGAAAUAUUAAGUCAAGCAUACCAGAAUAGUCCGAUACCAUUGAAAUUAUUACCUGUCAAAACGCGUAAAUAUCCAAAUCGACCAUCAAAAACACCGGUUCAUGAAAGACCAUAUGCAUGUCCAAUCGAUGCAUGUGAUCGACGUUUUUCGCGUAGCGAUGAACUAACUCGUCAUAUUCGUAUACAUACCGGACAGAAACCAUUUCAAUGUCGUAUUUGUAUGCGUUCAUUUUCUCGUAGCGAUCAUUUGACAACUCAUGUACGUACACAUACCGGUGAGAAACCAUUCUCAUGUGAUCUCUGUGGACGUAAAUUUGCUCGAAGUGAUGAAAAGAAACGUCAUGCAAAAGUACAUAUGAAACAAAAAAUUAAACGAGAGCGUGGAUCAUCCGGUGGUCAUCGUAGUCAACGUGGUGGUAAUAGCCAUAGCUCGAGUUCAAGUUCUAAUUCUCAACAACAGCAACAACAACAACAACAGCAACAAAUAUCUUUAUCGCAGCAACAUUCAACACCAAUGUCUUCGUCAAUUGCCUCACAAUUAUCAGCUAGUCUUUGUCAACAAUCAUCAAUGAUCACUGGUCAUCAUGGCGGUGGUGGUGGUGGACAUUUAGUUACUGGUCUUUCACCGGCAACAUCAUUACCACCAUUACCUUCAAUUAUGACAUCAUCAUCAUCAUCAUCGAUUUGUGGUCCACAACAAUCAUCACAGAUUGGUAGCGGUGGUACAUUGCAAACAUUACAUUAUACUCAUCAUCAUCAUCCGCAUCUUUAAGAAUAUUAAAAAAAAAAUAAUAAAUAACGUGCAAUCCAUUUCAUCUUAAUACUCUACACCCUUCAUCAUUUUCAACAACAAAAAAAAAAUCCAUUAAACACGCACAUUCAAUAUUUGAUUAAAACAAAAAAAAAUCAGUACAAUCAAUCAUCA